AUGACGUCCUCGGGUCCUUCUGCCUUGGCCGUUCGGCCUAUCAACUAUGCAAAACCGAUCAGUCAACCGAGGACCGUGAGCUUCUUCAUAUGUGGUGGACCCCAUUACAAGAAUGACUGCCCCAAGCAAGGAAAUACUAGGUUCUGCGUCCGGUGCAACAAAAACGGACAUUGGGAGAGGGACUGCAAUAUGGGUAACCGAGCAUUCUCGAGACCACCGAACGCUGGCAGGUUUCAACAUGGUGGUGGCCGAGCACAGGCAGUAGGCCGAGUGUAUGCUAUCACAGGAAUGGAAGCAUCUAAUGCAGGUAACCUCAUCACCAGCACUUGCUUGUUGUAUGGAAUGCCUUGUUGCGUGUUAUUUGAUUCGGGGGCAACACAUUCCUUCAUCUCGAAGGCAUGUGUUGAUAGACUGGGUUUGGCCAAGAGAGAGAUGCAGCUUGAUUUGGUGGUGUCAACCCCAGCAGCUGGUGAGGUUAGGACAUCUACAGUAUGUGUUAGAUGCCCUAUUGAGGUAGAAGGGUACAAGUUUAAGGAAGAAGAAGUUGAUUUUCCUGAGAGAAGAAAUGAAGCUGACCUUAACGCUCGGUUAGAUCCGAGAAGACUUGGUUGA